GCCAGCGUAGCCUCCACCACUAAGAAAGACCCGGCCCCAAACGUCCAGAGUGCCACAGUCUAGAACCAAGUGCGCCCUCCCCAUGGCCUUGAGCUAGCGCGACCCGUUCCGGUAGCUAGUGAACCACCAUUCAUUUCGAGCCUGCUGGUGUGAGGCCCGUGACCUUGGCCUGAUGCACUCUUCUGUGUCUUUGUCCCCCAGCCACGUCUGGACGAGCCCCGCCUGGGCCCAAGCGUACAGAGGAUGGAAACACUCCCCCCGCCAUGUCUCUGGGCCGUCUCCUUCGCCGGGCCUCCUCCAAAGCCUCGGACCUCCUGACCCUCACCCCGGGCGGCGGCGGUGGGCCCCCCUCCGUCCUGGAUGGGGAGAUCAUCUACUCCAAGAACAAUGUCUGUGUGCACCCACCAGAGGGGCUGCAGGGGCUGGGGGAGCACCACCCAGGAUACCUGUGCUUGUGCGUGGAGAAGGACGAGCUGCUGGGGAGCACCCUCAUCCUCACGUGGGUCCCCAACUCUCGGAUCCAGAGGCAGGACGAGGAGGCACUGCGUUACAUCACCCCCGAGAGCUCCCCCGUGCGCAAGGCACCCCGCCCGCGGGGCCGGCGCGCCCAGAGCCUGGGGGCCCCCCGCCAGCCCUCCCCGACGGAGGCCAGGCCCGCCCUGAUCCCCAGAGACGAGGACACCGCGGCGGUGGCUCAGAGCCUCCAGGACACCGUGCACGUCAGCCCUUCGCCCCCUUCCGAGGACGGGGAGAGGCUGGCCCAGGGCUUGGGGACGGCCCUGCCACCAGCCCACAGCGACUCCGGGAUCCUGUCGGCUGUCAGCUCGCAGGAUGGGACCGAGGAGGGGCGGGAGCCGCGGCCCGAGGCCGGCGAGGAGGAGGGCUCCCUGGAGCUGUCCGCCGAGGGUGUGAGCAGGGACAGCUCCUUCGACUCGGAUUCCGACGCCUUCUCUUCGCCCUUCUGCCUCUCGCCCAUCAGCGCCGCCCUCGUGGACAGCGGCAGCUCCGUGUUCCUGGACAGCGAGAGCGGCUCCCCCUGCGGCGCCGACACCCCCCUGCGGUUCCCCGACGGCCACGGCCUCCUGCAGACCCCGCGCUGGGACGAGCCCCAGAGGGCCUGCGCGCUGGAGCAGAUCUGCGGCGUGUUCCGCGUGGACCUGGGGCACAUGCGCUCCCUCCGUCUCUUCUUCAGCGACGAGGCCUGCACCAGCGGCCAGCUGGUCAUCGCCAGCCGGGAGAGCCAGUACAAAGUGUUCCACUUCCACCACGGCGGCCUGGACAAGCUGUGCGACGUGUUUCAGCAGUGGAAAUACUGCACCGAGACGCACCUCAAGGACCAGGUCGCCGACGAAAAGACGUGCAUACAGUUCUCCAUCCGCCGCCCCAAGCUGCCCUCCUCGGAGACGCACCCCGAGGAGGGCGUGUACAAGAGGCUGGACGUGGCGGCCUGGCUGCACCACCUGAACGAGCUGGGCCAGGUGGAGGAGGAGUACAAACUGCGCAAGGCCAUUUUCUUCGGCGGCAUUGAUGUGUCAAUCCGGGGGGAGGUCUGGCCUUUCCUGCUGCGGUAUUACAGCCACGAGUCCACGUCGCAGGAGAGGGAGGCGCUGCGGGCGCAGAAGCGAAAGGAAUACGCCGAGAUCCAGCAGAAGAGGCUCUCCAUGACCCCUGAAGAGCACAGAGCGUUCUGGCGCAAUGUGCAGUUCACCGUGGACAAGGAUGUGGUCCGGACAGAUCGGAGCAACCAGUUCUUCCGGGGGGAGGACAACCCGAACGUGGAGAGCAUGAGGAGGAUCCUGCUGAACUACGCGGUCUACAACCCCGCCAUCGGCUACUCCCAGGGCAUGUCAGACCUGGUGGCGCCCAUCCUGGCCGAGGUCCUGGAUGAAUCAGACACCUUCUGGUGCUUUGUGGGUUUGAUGCAGAACACGAUCUUCGUCAGCUCUCCUCGGGACGAGGAUAUGGAGAAACAGCUGCUCUACCUGCGGGAGCUGCUGCGACUGACCCACCUGCGCUUCUACCAGCACCUGGUGUCGCUGGGUGAGGACGGCCUACAGAUGCUCUUUUGCCACCGCUGGCUGCUGCUGUGUUUCAAGCGCGAGUUCCCCGAGGCCGAGGCCCUGCGGAUCUGGGAGGCCUGCUGGGCCCACUAUCAGACGGAUUACUUCCACCUUUUCAUCUGCGUGGCCAUCGUGGCCAUUUACGGGGAUGACGUCAUUGAGCAGCAGCUGGCCACCGACCAGAUGCUCCUGCACUUUGGAAACCUGGCCAUGCACAUGAACGGGGAGCUGGUUCUCAGGAAGGCCAGGAGUCUGCUGCACCAGUUCCGCCUUCUGCCCCGCAUCCCCUGCAGCCUGCACGACCUGUGUAAGACGUGCGGGACCGGCAUGUGGGACAGCGGCUACAUACCCGCCGUGGAGUGCACGGGCCACCACCCCGGCUGGGAGAGCUGCCCCUAUGGGGGCACGGUGGAGACGCCUUCGCCCAGGCCCCCCAGAGAAGGCAAGAAGGGCCCCAAGAUGCCUCGGGACGGCUUCGGUUUCCGCAGAUAGGUCGGACUGCCCGCGCCCGCAGGUCCUGGGCACGUGGGAGGGGGUGGGGAUGGGCCGGUGGAAACACGAGGAAGAAGAGACUUGUGGCAACAGGAAGGGGACCUUUUCGUGUUAAUGACAUCAGCGGAGCCUCGAAGUGACAGAAGUUAAGCCCCGCCAGCUGCCCGGAGAAAAGUCACCUCCCGAAGCAGUGGGACCACAGCACACGGCGGUUCCCCCGCCGAUGCAGGCGUGCUGGGUCUCCGUCUGCCCCGGAGGCUCCCCCGGCACCAUCAGUGACCAGCGACAGUGCCGGGCGAUGAGGAAGGACCAGAAGGCCUGUUCAGCCAGCAGCACAGGGAAUGCAGAACAGAAUGGGGGCCCGGCCCGGCCCGAGACAUCCCUGCACGCUGGACACACGUCGUCAUCGGGCCCCAUUUUCUGAGCAGGCCAGUCUUGCUUUGCACAGCUUCACGGCUUAUAGGAAGAUGUCUGCAAAAACGAAACAAAACAAAAAACGAAAGCCCGGUGAUUUCAGAGUAGAGAGACGUGGGAGCGGUGGAGGGUGUGAGAAGCUCGGGGCUUUGUGUCCGUGUAAAUGUUUUCGAAACAGCCGGAGCCUCGAGCUGUCGGGAGCUGUCGAACUCGCCUCCCGUAGUGGAGGCGGCUCUACGUGAGCAUCAUUGACAUUGACUAAGGUCCACCUCACCGAACACAGUGAGCAGCCGGGGGCCGUGUGUGCAGGCAGGAUGGACAACGUCUGAGGGGAGUGGUGGUGCGUUAAGUAACCAACCGAGACAAAGGCACCCGAAAGAACUAGAAAGAUUCCCGCGUGCCCCCGGGCCUGCCCACAGCCUGGGCCUUCCGUAAGUCAGCUUCACAGGUGGUCGGGCGCAGCAGUGACCGCAGCAAUGUAGCCGGCACUCAGGACACCGUCGCCCCUGCCGGGAUCUAGCGGUGGACGGGGGGGAGGGUAUGGCAGAGUUCCCAGCCAGCCGAAGAGCAUCCAGCCAGCCGUUGGCACAAGGAGGCCGCUUCUUGAACCGUUGGGAUCGUGGAGGCGGGAACCCUCCCGCACACCCUCGAAGGGGUCAUCAUGGAGACACGGCCCCAACUAAGGCUUCCUCCCGCUCUCAGCUCUCCUCCCUGGAGAGCAAACAAUGCUGCUGGGGCCACGUGAAAAAGAUGUGUAUCCACAGAAGAGAGGAAGUUGCCGGCCCCCUCCCUCCAAACUUCUCAGUCCCCCGUGAGCCCAAGUCCUCUCGCAGGCAAGGCGGCCAACACUGGCAUCUCCAAGUUCCCAGGGCUCCUGUCCCAGAGCCUUCUGGGGAGACCCUCCUGGAACCCCCACCCCGGCCCGCAGAUCCUGGGGUGCUGGCUGUUUUCAGCCCAGCAGCAGGGUCCAGGCUGGAUGGGGGUGGACUUCUCACCUGCUCUGCCUCUGGGAAGAGGGGGGUGCCUUUCUGUGCUGGCCCCCGGUCUGCUUUGGAAAAGGCUUCAGCUAAGCAGGCGCUGUACCGAUCCUGCCGUAGAAACCACAUCCACACAAACAGGAGCAUCCGUUAUCCGUCGCCAUGGCGGUGCUGCGUAACAAAUGAGCCCCAAGCCUGGCGGUCUCGCAUGCGGCCUGAGGGUCAGCGGUUUAGGCUGGGCGCUUCUGGUCUUGGCUGGGUGUGCUCGGGAUGGUGACACCCAGGUGGACAGGUCGCACCUGGCACUGCGCCGUGUCUCUCGAAUCCCCCACCGCCCCCUGCGAGCUAGCCCCGCUCAAGGCAGAAGUGCAGAAGCGGAAAUGCACAGGCACCUUCCCCAGCCUUGGGGGAGGCCACACCUGCUGUCAUCCCAUUGCCGGAGCAAGUCACAUGGCCGGAGUCAGCACCCAGGGGUGGGGAGCCGGACCCUCCCCUUUAGCGAGAGGAGCCGUGCAGGGACGGCAAGGGGCUGGGAAUUCAGAGGGUGACAAACCAUACAGUCUGCCACCACCUCCAGGAAGUCUUGGUCCAAAUGACCCUGUUUGGGAGCCCUCCUGUCAGGGGCAUGGCUUCCCCUGUAAAGGCAGGAGAUGCCCAAGGGGAAAGAGCGUGCUUCUAGGCUCACCGUCUAGCAGGAUAGCAUCUGUGCAUUUUACUGAGACACCUUGUGCCUUUGGGCUGCUGUGUAUGUGUGUGCGUCUGUGUGUGUGUGUGUGUGUGUGUGUGUGUGGUGGGGGGGGUGUCCAGGGAAUCCCUCACUUUGGAGGGUCCUGGCUGCAAAGCAUUCAUGCUGCAUCUCCCGGCUCCCGCGGCUCCCCAAGACCCCUUCCAAGUGCCGCCCACCCUCGCCGCCCCCGCCUCACACCCCUGUGCGCCGCGCGGGGCCCCGGUGAGACCUUCGCCUCUCAGAGCAGCCGGUCUCGGAAGCCGGAGACCUGGAUGUGUGGGCUCCUGGAGGGCAGGCUGCGCUGGAGGGCUGGGAAGGGCCUCGCAGGGCUCCCUUAAUCUGGAUGCAAUUAGAGGAAACCAGCCAAAAACCCCGCGGCAGCUGUUGCCCCGGGAUUAUUCCCAGCCAGCAAAAGGCAUUAGGGUGAUAAUUCCGUCAUUAGACUUGUAGCCUUCCCACCUCCAAAACGUGCAAAUAUGGGAUAAUCAGCCCGCCACGGCCAUCCUCCGUGAUGCCGCUUAUUUAACCCAUUUUUUUAAAUGACACUUAAUGUUAUUGGCUGGUGUGCGUGCGCGCGCAUACUUAAUUUCCCCACCGCUAACGGCUGUGCUGACGCGACACGACAUUGUCGGGGCCCCUGGGAAGAGAGGGAGCCUCUGAUGCGCAUGUGCUGGCAUGGAAGGCGUGGACGGGGCAGCAAGGCAGGGGCUCGCCAGCC